AUGAAGGACAGCGAUAAUGACGAGGAGGAAUACCCUACUAUUAAGCGCGCGAAGCCGGACGAGGAGAACGUCGACGAGGAGGAUCUUGCCGAGCGCGGCAUCAUGUCGUCGCACCAGCGCCAGCGUCUGCGUCUGCAGAAGGAGAUCAAGGAGCUCGAGCAGGAGGCGAUCAGCGAGAAGCCGUGGCUGCUGAAGGGUGAAGUGCGCUCUGCGGCUCGUCCGGAGAACAGUUUGCUAGAGGCGGUGCUGGACUACGACAGGCCAGUGAAGGCGGCUCCCGUGAUCACGGAGGAAGUGUCUAUCGCGCUUGAGGAAAUGAUCAAGAAGCGUAUCCUGGAGGACGACUUUGACGAUGUGAUUCGUAAGUUCGCCGGUAACGAGCAGGAUGAGAAGAACAAGCUGGAGGAAGUGUCCAUGGAGAAGUCCAAGGAGGGUCUGGGAGAGAUCUACGAGAAGGAGUACAUGAAGACGGCCAUGGGCUUCGAGGCCGACGACGAGUCCAAGCAGGACCAGGAGGAGAUCGAGGUCAUGUUCAAGAGCCUGUGCUGGAAGCUGGACGCGCUGUCGAACUACCACUUCACGCCCAAGCCCGCCGUCAAGGAGCUGCAGGUCAAGCCGGCGGUGCCUGCCAUCGCCAUGGAGGAGGUGGUGCCGAUCAGCGUGAGCGACGCGAACCUCAAGGCGCCCGAGGAGGUGUACGACAAGAAGCGCAAGCGCGGCGAGGCCGUGCUGCAGUCCAAGGAGGAGAUGACCCAGAGCGAGCGCAAGGCGCUGCGCAACGCCAAGAAGCACGCGCGGCGGAAGGAGAAGCGCCAGCGCGAGUUCGACGAGCGGCUGGUGGCCAAGCUCAACCCGGGCCUGGGCAACAAGUACGAGAAGAAGAAGAUGCUGGAGAGCAUCGCCGGCGCCAAGAACAUCACCACGGGCAAGCAGAUCGAGGGCUCGUCCAAGCAGUUCUCGAACUCGAAGGAGUUCUUCUCCCGUCUGCAGGACGAGGUGCAAGAAAAAAUCAGGAAUGCAAGCAGCAGCAACUAG